AUGGGAAGGACUGUUACCAAGUCCUCAGUUCCUGAAACAAAGUCUAACACUAAGAGCAUUGCUGAUGGUGAUUCUUCUGCAGGAUAUUCAUCACCUGCUGAAUCUGGAAUCAUGGAAGACCUGCAACUUUCUGUGGCUGCAACAAUGUGGUUGUCCGAAUACUCUGCAUUUUUGGAUGGCUUGCAAAGCAUUCUCAAAGGUUUCUUAUCUUUCCCUUCUCUCCCUUCCCACAAAUUAUGGGUGCUGUGUUUGCUUGAUAUCGGACGACUUUCAACGGAUGGUGGCUGGAAUAAUUGCUUAUGUGGUAAGAGUUGUUACAAUCUCAUUGUAGCUCAAUUCUCAUGUAAGGUGUGUGAGCCCUUAUAUCACUUUAUCAAUACAGGAAUACACUUUGUCAAGUACGCAGCUCAUGAUGACUUGUGGCUUUUCAUUAAUGUUUUCCUUGGAACGAUUGUUUCUUGGCGCACACUGGCCUUUAUUGGUUCUGUUCCAUGUCUAUUGCAAGUUUUCGGCUUAUUCUUCAUACCAGAAUCUCCUAGAUGGCUGGAUUAUACAAAGACCUUUGAGAGGGACUCGGAAGCAGGAAUUUUGAACAUGUUCCAGCGAAGAUAUGCUUAUUCACUCCUGAUUGGAGUUGGACUGAUGGCCUUGCAACAGUUAGGAGGUUCAACUGCAAUUGGAUAUUAUGCCAGCUCAAUAUUUGAAGAAGCUGGUAAAAAAAAAUAA